UUUAUUUUAUUUAUUUAUAACUUUAGUCUCCGUGGUACAAUUCCCAAGCAUCAUUUCAAACAUAACAUUUUUGUCACAUAUUCAUUUGAGUAAAAUGGUAUUUAAGUUCUUUGAAACAUUUUACCAAAAGUACGUACAUAGCAUAAUGUCUUGAUAUCUUAUCUCAUCAUCUUAACCCUUUGUUGGCCAAAUGUAGGGGUGCGCUUUUAUAUGGAAAGGUGUGUGCUUUUACGUGUUGGAUGACAUAUUUGCCGGUAGCUGAGAGAUGAGACUGGUUUUCUCAUACUCAGUCAUACCACCAACCAUUAUCCGGACCAUUUGGUUUCUUAGAAGCAGAAGCUUUAAUUCAUGGUCUUUAGCCCUUAGAAAUGCUUCCUCCCCCCACAGGGCACUUUUACUCUACUCCCAAAUGCAACGUCUAUCCAUCCCCUACGACAGCUUCUCCAUACUCUUCACUCUAAAAUCUUGUGCUCAUUUGCAGAGCCUUCCUCUUAUCCAUCACCUCCAUGCCCAUCUUUUGAAGCUCGGUUUCAAUUCCCAUGUCUAUGUCGCCACCUCCCUUCUGCAUGCGUACGUCGUGGCUUCCUUUGGUGAUGCGCGCGCGCUGUUUGAUGAAAUGCCAGUCAAGAAUACCGUGACAUGGAAUACCAUGAUUACGGGCUAUUCCAAGUCGUUCCAAGUUGAAAAGGCAAGGUCUGUCUUUGAUAGAAUUCCUUCAAGGGAUUUGGGCUCCUGGUCUGCUAUGAUAGCAUGUUGCAUGAAUAAUGGUCAAUGGGGAAAUGGAUUUGUACUGUUUCGCGAAAUGCUAGCGACUGAACAGUUUAAGCCUGACCAAGUGACAUUAGUAUCAAUGUUGGUGGGGUGUCCUCGCAUGGGUUCCAUUGGUUCGCUGCUCGGAAAAUCCAUUCAUGGAUUUACCGUAAAGAACGUUUGGAAGUUGAAUGUAGAGCUCGGCACAGCACUAGUUGACAUGUAUGCCAAAUGUGGAAUCCUAAAGAAUGCUGGUCGGGUCUUCCACGUGAUGCUAGAUAGAAAUGUCAUAUCUUGGACAGCAUUGAUUCAUGGGUGCGCGCAGCAUGGGUAUGGGAAAGAAGCAUUGUCUAUUUUCGAGAUGAUGAAAGAAUCCGGUGUCAGACCUAAUGAAUUAACAUUCACAGGGGUUCUCACUGCCUGUGCACAAGCAGGGUUGGUUAAAGAGGGCCGUAGAUAUUUCAAAAUGACUGAAGAAUACGGAUUACAACACACGAUAGAACAUUAUGGUUGUAUGGUUGAUAUGUUUGGGAAGGCUGGGCAAUUGGGAGAAGCUUACGAAAUUAUUAACACAAUGAAACUUAAGCCAAAUGUUGUUGUUUGGGGUUCUUUUCUGUCAGCUUGUAAGGUGCACAAGCAAUUCGAUAUGGCAGAGAGAGUGAUUGAUCAGGUCAUGGAGAUGCUAAAGCCGGAGAAUGAUGGAGGAGUCUACACCCUAAUUUCUGAUUUGCUUGUUCUGAGUGGUAAGUGGGAUGCUGCAGAAAGUGUGAGAAAAUUAAUGGUUAAGCAGAAUGUUCAAAAAGCAAGAGGGUCAAGUUUCAUUAGAAAUGGAUCGGGUUAGAUAGAUUUGGUCUUUUAUCUUAUUUGUCAACUCAUGAACUAUGGGUGGCGAUUGUGAACGUCCCAACUUGUUAGCUCAGUGUUAUGCUUUGCAUAUUAUAAAAGGGUUCUAUUUAGGCAAACCCUAUGAGACUAAAUUGGGAAGCUUUUAGCAUCACAAUGUCAUGCUUAUUAAUUCAAUAGAAAGAUAGAACAAGAAGAACUACAACUCUACAAGUCAAUACAAGGAAAAUACAAAAUGUAUUCAUUUGAAAGCUUUUUGUUGUUGUAGUCUGGGCAGAACGUACAUUGAAUGAAGCUGUAGAAUUAAGUUCCUGAGAAAGGGAAUGGCAAAACAGAACAUUGGUGAGGAGAUUUGCCUUCUUCAGGUUGGUUAUGGAAUUGGAUAGGGAAAAGAGGGUUCUCCUUGCUGCUCCAGGGAGUCCAGGUAUGGUGAGCCUCCUAUGAUUUUGCUUUUCCCUUU